AUGAAUUCCCAGGUCCGCUACCUAUAUAAAACACUUAUCUACAUGGGCAAGGAUUACCCUGCUCGUCUGGGCGGAUACCAAAAGUUCCGACGUCAAUUAAAGGCCCAGUUUGUUAACUCUCCCGUACGUAACGAACAGGACUUAGCAGCAGCAUUAGCCAAGGGAGAGUAUAUAAUCAAAGAAUUGGAGUCAUUGUACUUCCUAACCAAAUACCGGGACAUAAAGCGAAAGUACUACCGCGAAUAA